AUCCAAAAAGUGGGCACUUGUCCUCUUCGAUUGGGAUGGAUGCACUGCCAUCAUCGAAUCAAAAAGACUGGUUGGGAAAGAUGACAGAAAAGUUGGGAGCAAGUUCAAGCUGUCAUUUGAUGGGCGACUUCAUGAAGUAGAGAUUCUUGGCUUUGGAUAUGAAGACCACCAUCUGCAUGCCAAAGACAACCAGUGGGACAGAUCGACCCGAGCCAAAGCUAUUGCUGCAGUUAGAGAUGCACGGGAAUUGACAAGAAGAGGGAAAUAUGGUGGUUACCUGGAUAUACACGACUCUGAUAAUUCAGAUGAGGAUGAGGAGGCUAUAUUCAGUCCAGAUACGUCUCAUCUAAGGACAAGAGCAAACCCAAAUUGCAGGAAAACCACUUCAAAGAAACAGCCACAAAAGACAAGUACCCCUUCAACACAACAGCAGGCACAGCAAAGACCCCAAGAGACACAGAGAAAGCACAUUGAGGGCACAAAUGGACGUUCAGUCACAAUUCUGUACGAAGGAUCAGGGGACUAUGAAGGUAAUUCUAGUCCAAAAAGACAGCCCUGUUCGUUCGAGGACUUAACAUCUGAUCAAGUGGACAUCAUCCUUAACCAAGUAGAAUCUGCACAAAAGAACUUAAUCAGCACCAUGACAAUGACUGAUGACAUCGUUAUUGUUCAGAGUGAGGAGGAUAUAGCAUCACUGUGCAAAGACUGCAAUGGAACCCACCAUUCUCAGACAUCCGUUCAGACACAGCUCAAGGACAUCAAGUCUUCUCAAAAAGCCCUGGAGAAGAAAGUGGACAGUCUUCUAGAAAUAUUGACCACAUUUGUGAAAAAGCAGGAGACCUGUGUAACCAUUGAUCUGAAUACAUCAAGCUUUGUUAUUGAACCUGAAUCUACACCACCUUUUAAAGUGACCAAGGCUUUGAACAAUAUUCUUACCACCAGUGUUAUGAGCACUACUGCACAAGACACUUCCGCUGCUAAAAUUCCUUUCAACACUUCGAUCCUGGACUACACCUGUGACACUUCAACCACCCGUAACAACUUGACGACAGGCAGGACUACAAAGACAGGCAACAUCCUGACCACUUUGAGGGCAUCAACCACUAGCAAGAACUCGAUUGACAGCACCACAGGCAACAAUUCAACGAGCAACACCCAGACCACAAGCAAGACACUGAGGGGCAGCACUCCAUCCACAGGCAACUUGACUGGCCGCGCCCUUUCAACAGACAACUUGAUGGGCAGCACUCCAUCUACAAACAACUCGACAGGCCCCACCCUUUCAACAGACAACUCGAUGGGCAGCACUCCAUCAACAGACAACUCGACAGGCCGCGCCCUUUCAACAGACAACUCGAUAGGCAGCACUCCAUCCACAGGCAACUCGACAGGCCGCACCCUUUCAACAGACAACUCGAUGGGCAGCACUCCAUCUACAGGCAACUCGACAGGCCGCACCCUUUCAACAGACAACUCGAUGGGCAGCACUCCAUCCACAGGCAACUCGACUGGCCGCACCCUUUCAACAGACAACUCGAUGAGUAGCACUCCAUCCACAGACAACUCGACAGGCCGCAACCUUUCAACAGACAACUCGAUGGGCAGCAUCCAAAUGUCAUGCAAGACCUCGACUACCAACACCCCUUUGACAGGUAACAACUCAUUGGGCAACACCUUGAUUGGCAGCACCCCAAGCAUGUUCAUAACCUCAAGCAUGGUUGGCACCUCAACACCAGUGACAUCUUUUGAAACAACUUCCAGAGAAAAACAGAGUUUUGUUGAUGGAUGCCUCAAAUGAUGAGUUGCCACCACCUGUGUGUGAAACAAUUGCCGAACUUGUGUUAGUUGAGGAAAAUGAAGAAAAUGUUGCCCCAUCAUUGGAAAAUAGGUUUGCCAACCAGAUGAAGAAGCCUCGACUGCAGCGAAUGAAACGAUUUCCAAGUCCUUGCAAGGCUAAUGCUAUUACAACUUAUAUAAGAAGCAGUGAGGAUGUCGAGCCUGGAAACUACGAGAUUCUUGUUUGCCCAGAUGUACUAAUGGAAAUCAAAGAUCGUUCCUGUUCUGAUGGAAACUUUUUGUUGAACACAGCAAGAAGAAUUUUCAAGGAGGAAGAGCUGGAAGGAAAGAAUUAUUCUGGAAGGAAAGGGAGGCCUGGGAUUUCGCCUAGACGAAAACAUGCUCUUCAACAUGCGUUUGCAGAACACUGUUCAUCAAACAUUGAUGACUUCAAGCGGGCAGUGAUUGCUUUGAACUCAGGAAUUAGAGGAAUGGCAUUCAAGUAGUUCAUGGAUUUGUGAAAAGUGUAAAAAACAAAUUACAUUUCACCAAAUGUAUUAUACAUGUUUUU